UGACAAAAUUAUUUACUGACAAGUAGCCCGUGCAAUAAGAGAUUUUGUUGUGUACCCAUGAAAUCUUUGUGUACUUCUCCAAUUCACCAUGGCUGAAGCUUGGGAUGAUAUCCAAGCAAUUAAGACAAAACGGAACACCCUUCGCGAGCGCUUGGAAAAACGUAAGAAGGAGCGUCAGGAUAUCCUGAGUUCAUCAACAUUAGCCGCUCCAUUGUCUUUGACCUCGGGGCUCAAAAGCGAGUCUUUCGAGGAGCGCAAAUCUUCUCUCAAAGUUGAAUUAGACACCGUGUCGGAUGUAGACAGAACACUUUUGCAAAUAUUAUCGGACGGAACGCUCUUGCUACCAGUGAACUCAGUACAACUCGGUGAGAAUGUCGAAGCCCGCCUUGGACGCCCGGUGACCAAAGAUUCGAUUCAAUAUUUCCUUAAGAAGUUGGCAGCCCAAUCUAUAAUAAACAUUAAAAACGUCUCAAUUGGUUCCGAGUCGGGAUAUGAAGUUAUCUUGGUUGACCAGAAAGUCGUGCUGAACUUAAACAAUGAAUUUCAGUCAGAGGGUGGAUUAUCUAAGCCUGCUGAGGAUCUCAAGAGGAAACAUGAUAGUGACAUCGACGAUGAUGAAAACUCCUCCAAAUCAUCAAAAUUCGAAAAGAAAAGUUCCCUGAAGGAACAAUCUAACGACGCAACCGAUAUUAUGUCGCUGCUCUCAAUGCCAUCCACUCUUGAAAAGCAAAGCAAGCAAGUUGGGGAGGAGAUACUGGAGCUUCUCACGAAGCCGACAGCCAAAGAACGUUUUCUCGCGGAGAAGUUCAAAUCGCAUGGCGGCGCGCAGGUGAUGGAGUUCUGCCCUCACGGCACCAAAGCGGAGUGUUUGCGAGCGCAACAAGCUACCGCUGAAAUGACGAAAAACAAGAAAUCCAAGCUGGAAAACGAAAACUCAGAUUCAUCGUCUGACAAGCAGGAUACUAACGCAAACAACGAAAAUAAAAUGGAAAAAGACAGUUCCGAAGUGGAUGACGAAACUACAGACAAAUGUACAAAGUUGCAUUUUAAGAAAAUCAUUCAAUCUCAUACAGACGAAUCCUUGGGCGAUUGCAGUUUUCUGAACACAUGCUUUCAUAUGGCGACGUGCAAGUAUGUGCACUAUGAAGUGGACCAUAUUGGUGCGAACAAUAAUAACAGAAAUGAUAUCUCGAAAUCAGUUGUCAAGCGGACCGCUGAUCCUAGUGCAACUUUGUAUCCACCACAAUGGAUCCAAUGUGAUUUAAGAUAUUUGGACAUGACUGUGCUAGGAAAGUUUGCAGUUGUUAUGGCCGAUCCUCCAUGGGAUAUUCACAUGGAACUUCCUUACGGAACAAUGUCUGAUGACGAAAUGAGGCAGCUCGGAGUCCCUGCUCUGCAAGAUGAUGGACUGAUAUUUUUAUGGGUGACAGGUCGAGCUAUGGAACUUGGACGAGAGUGUUUGAAAUUAUGGGGAUAUGAACGCGUUGACGAGCUCAUUUGGGUUAAAACAAACCAGUUACAACGUAUCAUCCGCACAGGACGCACUGGACACUGGCUGAAUCACGGGAAGGAGCAUUGCUUGGUUGGAAUGAAAGGAAAUCCGAAAAACUUGAACCGCGGUCUUGACUGUGAUGUUAUAGUGGCAGAAGUCAGAGCGACAAGUCAUAAACCAGACGAAAUAUAUGGAAUUAUUGAGCGCUUAAGUCCCGGCACAAGAAAAAUUGAAUUGUUCGGGCGACCGCAUAAUGUCCAACCGAACUGGAUUACGUUGGGGAACCAGUUGGAUGGAAUUCGAUUAGUCGACCCUGAGUUAAUCACGCAGUUCCAGAAACGCUACCCAGACGGAAACUGUAUGGCGCCGACACCUAUUCCGAAAAAAUAAUUUUGAAGUUGGCUCUUUUAUAUUAGGACCGUAAUGUGUGUAAUUUUUCAUGUUCGCAUUAAGUAUAGGAUAUAGGAUUUGGAAAUAGGUUAAUCAAGAAUAAAAGUUUAAUUACGUAAAA